UCAUGCAUGGCAGUGCGCAUGAUCACUCACGCAACUAUCAGAUUCAGACUGCACGCCAUGGCAAGCAACACAGCUGCUCUCCUCCUCCUGCUGCUGCUAUCUUUCCAGCUCAUCGCCAUGUCGCUGUCUCAAACUCAGCUGUCCACUCAGGACCUCCCGGCUCUUAUCAAGAUCAGGCAGCAGCUCGGCAACCCGGACGCGCUCGCGGGAUGGCGGCCCGACUCGCUCUGCUGGGGGUGGUGGCCCGCGGCCUGCAACGAGCAGGGCCGCGUCACCAAGCUCUUCCUCGAGCGACUCAACAUCACGUCCACGCUCCCGCCGGCCAUCGGCGAGCUCGACCAGCUGGAGACGCUCAGCAUCAUCGAGAUGCCGGGCCUGGGCGGGCGCAUCCCGGACUCCUUCUGCAACCUCCGGCACCUCUCACUAUUCAACCUCAUGGUCACCUCCGUGUCGGGCCCCAUCCCGGCGUGCCUCUCCCGCACCAACCUCACCUCCGCCAGCUUCUUCCGCAGCAAGCUCAACGGCAUCAUCCCCGGGUCGCUCUGGAAGCUCCCGUACUUCACCUACUUCAACGCCGCCUACAACAACCUCGUCGGGCCCAUCCCGCCGCUGCUGGUGCACGGCGGCACGCCCGACCGGCCGCUGGGCCUGAUGCUGGACGGCAACCGGCUCAGCGGGCCUAUCCCCUGGACGUUCGCGCUCGAGAGGCACCUGCUGCAGUUCAGGGUGGCCAACAACAAGCUCACCGGCGACCCGUCGUUCCUCUUCGGGCGGCGCAAGACGGUGACCGGCACCAUCGACCUGUCCGGGAACAAUUUCCGGUUCAACCUCACCGGCGUGGAGAUGCCCAUGCAGCUGUCUUUCCUGAACCUGAGCCACAACCGGAUCUACGGCGGCGUGCCGGUGUCGCUCCGGGACACCAGGGUGGCGGUGCUGGACCUCAGCUACAACGACCUCUGCGGGAAGAUACCUACCGGCGGGCAUAUGGUGCAGUUCAAGGCGGCGGCGUACGAGCACAACAAGUGCCUCUGUGGGACACCGCUGCCACCCUGCGCGAACGGCCGCUGAGAUGAAGAUGUCCCUUAGAUCCUCUGGGCUGUGGGAUUAACAUGCAUUAGAGGCUAAGAUAAAUAGGUAAUGUUGGUCCCCUCGGUAAAAAUAGUACCACUGUUAUCUUUUAGUUACCAGUCAAAUCUGUGUCUGGGCAAAUCCAAUAGGUUUGGCCCAAUUAAUCUUCGUAAUGGUGUACGUCUGAAGCAAAUAAUGGAAAAGCGGUGGCGUGGUUAUUUUUAU